CCAUAAUACUUUCAUAUGGUCACAAUUGGUUGGUUGCUGCUGUGAAUAACUCGUUGACGAAGUUUCUCUCCGUAUCUCUCUCUAUGCACAUAUUGUACGUAAUCCUACCAAGAUCGGUGGAUACUACUUACCUACCAAGUUUGAAGUUUGUUUGUAUUUGUUGAAACAUUUGAGAUGGACGGAAACAAAGACGAGGCGGUGAAGUGCUUGAACAUCGGCCGCGACGCCCUCGAGUCCGGCGAUCAGAUCCGGGCCGAGAAAUUCAUUACCAAAGCUCGCCGUCUCGACCCGUCUCUCGCCGUGGACGAUCUCCUAUCCGAGCUCCAAAAUCAAUCACCCGAUGAACCCACCAAGGAAUCGUCAUCAGAUUCAACAAAGAAUCAUGUAUUCGACCAAGCCGAUUCCACUACUCGGCGUAGGGUUUCAGCUGGUGGGUCGACUUCAUCAGCAUCAACAAAUUCAGUCGCCUAUACGGAGGAACAAAUCUCAAUUGUGAGAGAGAUUAAAAAGAAGAAGGAUUACUAUGAGAUACUAGGAUUGGAAAAGAGUUGUACAGUUGAGGAUGUUCGGAAAGCAUAUCGGAAACUGUCAUUGAAGGUUCAUCCUGAUAAGAACAAAGCUCCUGGGGCUGAGGAGUCAUUCAAGGCGGUGUCCAAAGCGUUUCAGUGUUUGAGUGAUGAAGAGAGCAGGAAAAAGUACGAUCUCGUAGGGUCUGAUGAACCCGUUUACCAGAGGCGCAGGGCACAAGGGUUUAAUGGGUUUUAUGAAGGUGAUGUUGAUGCUGAGGAAAUAUUUAGAAACUUUUUCUUUGGUGGAAAUGGAAUGAAUCCAGCCAUGGCUACACAGUUUGGGACGUUUAGCUUUGGAACUGGGAUGGGGGCGAGAACCGGCAACAAUGGGUCUGCUGGAUCUGCUAGGAAUUGGGUUCAAUUGAUCCCUGUGAUUUUAAUUUUGCUAUUGAAUUUUCUGCCAUCAUCUGGACCCAUAUACUCGCUUUCGCCUUCGUAUUCGUAUGAGCAUCAGUUUACUACGCAAAAGGGUGUUAAUUUUUAUGUGAAAUCAGCAAGGUUUGAACUUGAUUAUCCUCCUCAUAGUCCUGUUCGCGUGGCGCUUGAAGGGCAGGUUGAGAGAGAUUAUGUUUCCAUCCUUGUGCAAAAUUGUCGGCUUGAGAUGCAACAUUUUCGAUGGGGCAUGGUACGAGAAACACCACAUUGUGACUCGUUGAAGCAAUUUGAGGCGGCGGCCUGAUGAUUUGAUUUUAAGAUAGCCUAAUCAGUUCAUCUGUUACUACAGUCUACACACAUCCUUCAGAUUUUAAUCAAAGGCAUGAAGGAUUCCUAGAGUUCUGAUUUUGGGGUUGUUUCCAUGUAAUACGGAUCAUCUUUUCUGAGCACAAGUUAGCCUAUAUCUUCUGGAUGUGCCAUGGAUGUUUCAUAGAACUGUACCCUAUUCCAGCUGCAAUUGCUGUCUGCAAUUUGCAUGGCAGGGGUUGGGACCUGCAAGUCUGCAACAGUACAAACGUUAUAUUUUACGUCAUGAUAAUGUCAACUGUUCCUCCCAUGCAUUCAAGCCACCGAGUGUAACUUAAUAUUUGUUAAAUCUGCGAUAUUGCUUAUCAGGGAGGACCUGAAAUGUUUAUGUGGUAUUUCUGUUGACUAUUUACUUACCAUGUCUAUUGCCAAUUCUUGGCCAUGGAGAUUUACCCA